AUGACCACACGGCAGGAGGUGGGCCUGGGGCGUUCCACUGUGGUGGAGGAAGUCACGGGCCAGGGACCGGGCACUCUCACGGCCCCGGGCCGGGAGCUACGGCCGGCCCAGCCCCCUGCCUCGCCCCCACCCCGCGCCGGAGCCUCCCGCCCCCCCAGCGCAGACGCGACCCUUUUCUUACCUUGCUCCCGGGAGCGUCUCCCCAGGGCUCUCUCCGGCCCUGACCCCAAGUCUAGCCCCACAGCCGCAGCCAGGCAGAGCGGCCUCGACCCUGACCCCGACCCCCGCCCGCCCCAGGCUCGGAUCGUGAGCUCAUAUCCUCCAGUGGCUCCACCCCGAGUCCACUCCCUCUCGGCCCGGUUCCCACGCCCGCCGGGGAGGGCCCCCGACUACAACCCCCACCAUGCAAAGCGAACAAAGGCACGCGCUGUAGCCGUGGCAGCGGCGGGAGCGGCGGCUUCAGGCGGCGGAGUCAGCUACCGAGCGGCUAGCGGAGCCGCCGUCUCCCGCGCCCGCCUUGCAUCGCGGCGGGCCCGGCGUCAGGUAGGUGGCGGCGCGCUUUGCGGGGGGAACGGCCGCAAGGCGCGUAGGCCAGUCUGUGCGCUCGCGUUUCUCGGAGACCCCCGACGGGAGGGACGUUGGCUCUGCCUUCAGGGAGCUUCUCUCGUGGGGGCGGCGACGCGCGUGCGCUUGGGGACGGGCCGGGCAGCGCGGGAGGGGGACGGCGUGAAGCGGACGCCCCUUCCCCGCUCUGCGGUCGCCCCUUCCCCGCUCUGCGGACGCCCCUUCCCCGCUCUGCGGUCCUGGGGAGGGGGGGGCGGGGCUCCUGGGGCGCGGCCUUCCUCGCGCUUCCCUGCUCCUCCUCGGGGUCCCGCCCUCUGUUGGUGCUGCUCUGGAAGGGUCUUCCUGGGCCCCUCGCCUUUUACUGGGCGCUUCUUGCCGUCUCCAUCCUCUAGCCUCCGCCUGGGCGCCUCGGUAGCGGUUCGUCGUUAUUGCCCUGGGUUCGACCGGGACGCGCGCGGUCGGAGGAGGAGGCCGGGGAUUCUGAGAUCCCUGGGUGGGCUCCAUGAUACAUGUUCACUCGUCAUCCACCCAGCAUGGCAAGUGGACUUUAUUCCUUCCUGGAAUAAAUUCUGCCCUUUGUUCUUCUGGUGGCACCUGCCAUUCCUUCUAGCUGGCGUCAUCCCUCAGCCUCAAGCAUCUUUCCUCUGAAGGAAGGCUGCUGU